AUGGAGAUAAAAUAAGAGAAACGAGACGUACAAUCAAAAAAGAAAAACUCAACAUAAAAUACAAAAAGCAAAACUGAAAUUAAGGGAAAUUAGCCAGUACUGAAAUUCAAAUAAUCUGAUCGAAAAUUUCGCUCAAUUAACGCCUAAACUAACUAAGAAAAUUAAGGAUCUUUCCUAAUUGAUUAUAUAUUUUUUUCUAUCAUUUUGUUAGAACUUGUAGAUCUAUAUUAUUGCAUCUUUUAAAUCCAAAAAUCUAUGAAAUAAAACUCAAUUUUCCAAAUUAAUCUUUCAGUAUAAUACAUAGACUCUAUUGGAAAAUAUCAAAUAUUAUUUGAUUAAUCAAAAAUUACUUAAAUAUUUAACUUUGCUUCUAUACUAUCAAUAAUAAUCAUAAUAUUGUUAUUCAAUAUAUGUGUUAUUUCAAACAAUAUGAGUUAUCUUAACCAUUACUCUUUUAGAAACUUUGUUAAACAAAUUGAUGAGAAUAACUAAAAUUAUUUCAACAAUUACUACAUAUACAUAUAGGAAAUUCAAUCUAGUGAUGAUAGAAAUAUUUAUAGCAAUUAUAAAAUACCUAAUACUAAAGGAUAUAGCUUUAAUCCAGAAAAAUGGAAUACAUAAAUCAAAAAAUUAGUAUGUUAAUAAUAUUUAAGUGAAUUCAAGGUACUAUAAAUAACUUAUAAAUACCCGUGCAUUCUUAAGUUUAAUUUAAUCUAAUAAUCAAAAUAAUUAUUUUAUUGA